AUGAGCGACCCCUUCGAACAAGUACUCGGCGAUACCCGUGAGCAGACCAACCGUCUCAUCCACUACCUGGAUGCUGGCCACGAGGUCGACGACGAAAUCCGCGACAUUCUUGCCGACGUGGAAGAAACCGUUCGCGAGUUGGACAGCAGCAUCGCUGUGAUGAAACAGGCCGGAAACCUGGACGACGCUACCAUCAUCAACCGAGAGUCGCAGAUGCAGGAUCUCAAGCGAGACGUGGCGUUGCUGAAGAACCGAGCAGCCGCCCACCAGCCAGUCGAACCAGACGACGCCGACUCCCUCGGCGCCAGCGGCUCCGCCGGCUCGCCCGCACACAACCUCGUGCAAGAACAAAUGAUACGCGAGCAGGACCAACAUCUCGACACUAUCCACCAUACCAUGCAGAACCUUCAUCUACAGGCGUCAACGAUGGGCAACGAGCUCGAGGACCAAGGCAUGUUGCUGGAAGAUUUGGACCAGGGAAUGGACGGCGUGAUGGGAAAACUGGCGCGUGGCCGGCGCCAGCUGGAGUGGGUCUACGAAAAGAACAAGGAAAAGUACAACGACUGCUGCAUUGGGCUGUUGAUUGCAGUAUUACUGGUGUUAUUGGUGUUGGCGUUUAUCCUGUAA